AGGAGGCAUUAUUAAUGGAUCUGUGAACUUGAACCCUGUUUUAGUAUGAUCCUUGGAAGAUAGCACAAGGUGGAUCUGUACUCUGAAAUGCAAUAAUUUUGAUAUUUGACUUCAUCUUCCUUCUUGCAAGAGAAGAUACUAUUAAUUUGGUGUCAAAGCCAAGACAUAGACUCGACCUCCUCUCUUCAAAAAGCUCCACGUCACGACAUGGAAGCCAUCGCCAAGUUUGACUUCACCGCCUCAGGUGAGGAUGAACUGAGCUUUCACACCGGAGAUGUUCUGAAGAUCUUAAGUAACCAAGAGGAGUGGUUCAAGGCGGAGCUUGGAAGCCAAGAAGGAUAUGUGCCCAAGAAUUUUAUAGACAUCCAGUUUCCUGAAUGGUUUCAUGAAGGCCUCUCACGACACCAGGCUGAGAACUUACUUAUGGGCAAGGAGGUUGGUUUCUUCAUCAUCCGGGCCAGCCAGAGCUCUCCAGGGGAUUUCUCCAUCUCCGUCAGGCAUGAAGAUGAUGUUCAGCACUUCAAGGUCAUGAGAGACAACAAGGGUAAUUACUUCCUGUGGACAGAGAAGUUUCCAUCUCUAAAUAAGCUGGUAGACUACUACAGGACGACUUCCAUCUCCAAACAGAAGCAGAUCUUUCUGAGGGAUAGAACCCGAGAGGACCAGGGUCACCGGGGCAACAGCCUGGACCGGAGGCCCCAGGGAGGCCUGCUCCUCAGUGGGGCUGUGGGAGAAGAAAUCCGGCCUCCGAUGACCAGGAAGCUGUCAGACCACCCGACGCCCCCUCCCUCGCAGUACCCCCCAGCACCACCAGCUCAGCAGCACCGCUAUCUGCAGCACCCUCAUUUCCAUCAGGAACGCCGAGGAGGCAGCCUUGACAUAAACGAUGGGCACUGUGGUGUGGGCGUGGGCAGCGAAAUGAAUGCCGCCCUCAUGCACCGGAGACACACAGACCCAGUGCAGCUCCAAGUGGCUGGGCGAGUGCGGUGGGCCCGGGCACUGUACGACUUUGAGGCCCUGGAGGACGACGAGCUGGGAUUUCGCAGUGGAGAGGUGGUCGAGGUCCUGGACAGCUCCAACCCGUCCUGGUGGACCGGCCGCCUGCACAACAAACUGGGCCUCUUCCCUGCCAACUACGUGGCACCUAUGAUCCGAUGAGGCCCUUCCAGUGGGGUCAGAAGCUUUUGCCUGAAGCUGCCUGCAAGAGAGAGGGCAAGGAAGAAAAGCUGGAACUAUAUAGACACGUAUAUGUGUGUAUACACACACACACACACACACACAUAUGCCUGUGUGUAUACACAUUUUAUAAUAGUAAUUUAUUGGUGAUUUAGUUGGUUAAUUAGUUAAUAUGAAAGGAAGUCAGGUGGGGAAUUAUAUUCAUACUUGUUUUUCUGCUCCCCUCAGCGGUGUGUGGAAGGCAGCGGGUAAGCUGGCGAGGGGGCAGGCACGUGAAACUCAAAUUCUUCCUGUCCUUAGGAUGACACUGCUUCUUCCUGGCCUUGGGAAUUCUCACUGAGAGAAGCUAAGCGGAGAUCCACACCCUAGCGUUGGACGCAGAAUAACAGGGUGGAGCUGGACUCGGUGGGGCACGUUUCAGUUUACCGCCAAGGCCGGCUUACCUUGAGGAUUCGCGGGGCAGCUUCCCUCCUGUUCUCCAAGGGUGGGUACUGCUGGGUCGAGAGUAAAGGUACAGCCACACAGGGAUGAGCUGGGAGCAGGAAGGACCAUGAAGGCAGGACUGGAGCAGCAGGUGUCCCGAAGCCUGGGCCAGCCCGUCCUCCUGCUCCACACUCAGUGGAGACCUUCACCUCCCUCCAGUGACUGUUCCCUGGCUAAUCCUCUUCCUCGUGGCUGACAUGGAGAAACAGACCACGAGGAGCCAGGCACUGGGAGAUGGAGGGAUUUUUACAAAUCCCCAGGGGCUUACUUGUAACCUCUGUUUCCCUGGAUACCGAAGAAGCGGCAUCUGAGAUUCUGUGAAGUGCUUAGAGAAGCCCUGGCUCAGAAAGCUGGAUUUUAGAGCCAUUGUUUCAUGGUUACAAGGAUGUCUCUUUGGGUCUCUGUUUGUUUUCCUGUGUUUUGAGGAGGCUUUGCCCAGUGGCACAGAGAGACGCCGGCUCCACAAGAGUGUUGACUAGCAAUUGUUGAUGGAUUGAUUGAUUGAUUGAUUGGCCAAGCAUGACCCUAGGUGGCUUUGCGAUGUGCUUCCUGUUGGAACUGGCAGUUGAGCCGCUGCUGGCAGCGCCCCCCCCUCCAACACACACACACACCCAGGAGCUGCACUUGGGACAAGGGACCCCAUUACCACCUUCUCUCCUGCCACCUCCAAAUAGGAUUGUGUUUCUCCCAGGAGGUGUGAAGCACAGACUGACUUCGCUGGGAUGAAGGGACAGUGGAGAAGGAAAUUUAGUGUUUUGGUGGAGCCUGGGAGCAGAUAUGUCUGCACCACUGAGGGUCCUGAGAAGAGGAGGGGUGUGUGCAGUGACACCUAAAUGAAAGGAUGGGGUACAUGUUGGAGAUGGAGCACAGGGGGGUGAGGUGGGCCCGUUCCUUUGUCUUCUUCCCCAGCUCUCCUUGCUCUCAGGAGUGAUGGGGGCAGCCAUUCUGGAGUGUGAUAGAAAAAGAAAGAGUUUCUGACUCAGAAGUAACUGUCAGUGUAACGUAGGCUGUGUCCCCUUGACUCUGAAUUCUAUGAUUUUGUGAUCCCUGUGCUGCCUUUACAGGGGAAGGGAAAAAGAAGGCACUCUGUGGUGAGUCUUGGGAGCGAAGAGAAAAUAGCCUGAGAGGCAGAGGGAGUGGAGCAGAGUGAGGAGCGUCUGGCACGCAGCCUUUAGAAAUGAAAGCACAGAAAGGGAAAGGUAGCAGAGACAUUUCAAAAGAUCAAGGAGCAGCGUGAGAGGCAGAAAGGGAGGGAAAGCGAGCGAGAUGUUAAGUGGGACAGGCGAGGGAGACAUGGGAGUAGGAGUCAGCGGGCAGGCAAGCCCGGGAAGGAGGGUGGGAGCAGGUGGGGGAGGAGGAGACGUGAGCGCAGUGGAAGGUAGGGGCACAGGUACCACAAGGAUGAAGGCAACAGAACAGGGAGAAGGAGAAGCAAGGCAGAGAAGACCUAAGAGCUAUUUUGGUGCUAGGUGAUGUGAACAUGUUACAGUAAAUAAAAGCCAAAAGUGAUGUUUGAUUUUA